AUGCCUCAAGAAGAAGGGGAUUUUGAUGGCGUCAAUCCCGACGUGCAGGCUCGCCUCGUCGAUCUCAUCAUCUUCAGUGACCAGGCAAGGCGCCGCAUCGCCGAGCUGGAGUCCACCGUGGAAACGUUGGAGCAAACUUUGUCGGAACUUCGUAGGAACGACACUCACUCGGCAGCCACACUGCGUCGUCCACUGUCAGCACCGCUAAUUGACCAGCCAUUCAAGGAGAACGGCCUGCAGCAUAUAUGCAGCUGGAACGAGCAGCUUGUAGACACUGUAAAUGCCCUGCGGGGCGCCAUGCUGAAGAUGGAGACCGAAGCGAAAGUGCAGAUCGUGGUGCUCAAGGACGAGGUGGAACGGCUACGUCGGGAGAGUGAUUCCCUACGCCGUGAGAACGACGCGCUGAAAGAGCGGGUGGCAGAUGACGUGCUGCGACAGCGACAGACAAAUCGCGUGGAGAUGGCGGUUGAGAAGGCUAAAAUUGCUUCAAGAGUCCGUGCGGCAGGUUUGCGCCGUUUGGAGUUUAUGGAAGCUGUGCUAAUGGAGACCCAUGAUGAUCUGUAUUUUGCUCAGAGGUUUGACGCGGCGAAACUGCCUGUUCGAGAUGUGACGUUUGUCAUUCAUGCUGUGCCGAAUGUGCCCACCCAACACCUGAGCGCAGAGGAAUUUACAAUGACAAUCUAUCAGAAUGUUUUGUUGGAGGCUGCAAAGAAGUACAGCGGAUACCACGUGUGUAGCCUGAGGGAGAUUGAAGUUUUUGCUUUUUACAGUGCCAUAGCUGCCCUUCAUUUCUCAAGUGAGUGCCACGUUGGGGUGAAAAAUCUCCCAUGGCCAGCACGCACCACCGAUAUUCCGUUUUUUGCGCCCGUGAUUGAUGACGGAGAGCUUCUUUACAGCGGUCCUCGCAUGCAUACUUGCAUGUAUACGUGUAAUCCGGGAUCGGAAGUGGACCCCAUCAAUGGUCGUUCAGUGUACUACGGUCAAGAGGUGAAAGACGCUCUAACAACGGCGCUUCAAGGGGCUCCCAUUGGCGAAAUAGUGGCGAAUAAGGCGUGUGUGAUCAUGCUGUUCAAGGAAGCGAACAUUAUGAAUGACGUUCACGAUGAAGUUUUUUUGGAAAUGAGCCGUGUGCGUGCCAAAUUGGGCGCGGGAUGGAGCAUCGUUGCGUCAGAGCGAACUCUCGGGAAUCUGUUUUGUUCUAUUCUCCCCAAAUCACUUGAACGCCGCCGCGGAAUACCGCCGUAUUAUCUUCAUCCUUCCCCACGAUUCCCACGCGGCAAUAUUGAUGUGGAUACACUGCUUCCACAAUUAAUUGCCUCCAUGAAAGGGGUAACACGUCCCUGUCAAGGCGGCACUCAACAAAAACCGCAGGCACAACUGCAAAUACAGUCACACUCACAGCAGCAGCUGCCGCACCAUGAUGGAUGGGUCGAUGGUAUCUACCGUAGCAGAAAGCGUGCAGCUGAAAAUCGCGACUCUAAUUCUGAGGAUGUCGUUUCACUUUAUUUGCUACGGCGGGAUAGGAAAAACAUCAUAAGUCUUUACAAUAAACUGGAAGCGGUGAGCGCCUUUCACGAACAGACGUUGAUGGAGGCAGAGGAUUGGUAUCUUGCCCGAUUCCAGUCCAUUGAUCCAAAUGAAACGGUUUACUUGUGCACCGUUGACGUCGGCAGUAAUUCCUCAUGGAGAAAAUUUACUCAGGUCUCCAUGGGCUUGGAGGAACACCACCAACUGCGGCACCAACUGUUCUCUUCGGCUCUUCUACAUGGAAAAAAUAACUUUGGUGUUUACGUAAAUGGCAACAAUACGGACGUUUUUACUUUUGCCUUUCGACGUACAGAACAUGCUCUGCGUUUUACCGCCCAGAUGUACACUGUUGUGAAGCAGAAAUGCGAAGCAUUCAACAAAUCAGAAAUGUGUCUCAUGAGAGCCGGGAUCACGGUGGGAAAGCUGCAACCCUCGAACGACAGUCACACAGCUAGUACGAAUACGGCCUCUGGCACCGCCACGGAUUGCAAAGCUACUCGCAUGGUACUGUGCCGCGGUAAAGCAUUGGUUUGUUCCGGUCAUUUGUGUGAUUUGGCAUGCCGCGGGGAAAUUCUGGCUGUUGCAGAGGUCAUACAGGCCUUCCAAUCGAAUAAAUCGAAUCUUUUGAGCAUGGAGUACAAUGUGUUGAAGAAAGGCGGUCGGUUUCUGGGAUCAUACUCCACUCUGGUGGAUGUGUACUCGAUUCUUCCCAAGGCUUAUGCGUACAGACGUCAGUUACUUAAGGGUGGGGACGAUGGGUCUUGUAGAGACGAGUGCGAAUCUCCACGUUCCUCCGUCAAGGCGGCCUUGCAGCUUGGCAAGCGUGUCAUGUCCCGCGAAGAAGUGGAGCAACUGCUAUUGCAGCAUCAACAACUCCUAGAGAAGGCCGAGGCGGCUAUGAUGGCUGCUGAAGACAAUGCCUGGGAAAUCACCACGCAGCAGGCCCUCAGUUUGCCGUGGCCCGUCGUCAGCAGAUCCGGCGUCAGAAGUACGACAGCAGAGAGGAGUUUUUUAUACUGUGACGCUGUUGACAUUGUCGCAAUUUCUCGUGCGGUACCUGAAGAAUUAUACAAGAAUAUUAUGGGCCAAUAUAAUUACGUUGUGAAGGAAGCAUUGCUGGCAUAUGAUGGGUUUAUUGCAAAGACGGAUUCUACAGCGGCGUACAUUGUUAUGUUCACCGAGCCACAUUGUGCGUUGGAAGCAGCGUUACAAAUUCAGCGCAGACUUCUGGCAGUGGACUGGCCACAAAGAAUAAAAACACUAGAAGCCACACUUCAUGUAAAAAGCUGUAAGACACAUAUUGUGUUAUUUGAUGGAAUUCGUGCAAGGAUGGCGGUACACGUGUCUAAAGAUUAUCAAUCCACUAGGACACUUUGUGGUGACGAUAAAGAAUUUGUUGAAGUGUUUGGUCCGGCCAUAGAGACAGUUGCGGAACUCGGUUUUCAGGCAUGUGGUGGUGAAAUAAUUGUGACGCCUUUUGCUCUGUCUAGGAUUGGAUCCACCUUACAUGGUUCAAUGCUUCUGCUGCAGGUUGCCAUGCGGGUGGCAAGGAUACAGUCUUCUAAUAAAAUGUUACUUGCUUCAUGCGUACCGCGGAGGUUGUGGGAGCGGCUUCAUCUUUUUGUCCCCGCCGCGCCGGUUACUGAGGUGGCAAAGCAGGGCACCGGUUCCAAGUUGAGGCAGUUGAAAGUGGCGGAGAGGAAAAAGUCGUGGUGGCGAGAGGGAAACAAUUCCCUGUUGUCCCUGCCAUUUUCUAGUCAGGCACCGUGGGGAGAGAGAGUGAGUGCAUCCCACAGCGCCUUUGCCUUUUCUAUCCAGGCCUCUUUGGGAGGCGCCGUGGGCCAAAUUCGGCGGGAGUUGUCCUCCUCCAUUGGUUUGAGCACGCACCGUGAAGUAUUUUUAAACAUCGUCUGCGAAACCCUCAUGAACCUGAGCCAUCUUUUUCGGGUGGUGGAGGACGGAGUGUCCAGGGCAAAUGUAUUGUCACCACUCCCACCGCUAGAAACAGGAGCAGCUGCUGCAAUGAGCCGUGACGCUUCACCGAAUAAAAUCCGACAGACCUUUUCCCCGGACCACCGCUCCUCCGGGACCUUCAAUAUGAAACUCAUGCACAGCAGUGACAGCACCUCCUCACCGUCGUUGUCGAUCUCCGGCGAACCACACAAGAAUGCAGUGCAGAUGUUGGACAACUUAUUGAGGGGAGCCUUGCAUCGGAUGGCUCGCGCAUUGGGCGGAACGGGCAAACCGCAUUUAGCGUCUUCGUCGAAUCGCAUGAGCACGUUCAAAUCAGUUUCCAGGCGUAGCUCCCCGAAGCUUAGCGGACCGCUGAGGCCCCUCUAG